UAUGACACUCAUGACUCCGCCCCUGGUCAGGUGGGAAAAAAAAUUGUAUUGGCAAUCAAAAUUGAAAAUAUUUGGGCACUAAAUUUUUUCCAAAUAUGUUUGAUCAUCAAUUCAUCUUCCAGAUAUGCAAAUAAAUACAAAAUCUUCCAUAUUAAUUAGUGAAACAUCUUCAUAUUUGUAUAUAACAUGCCCAUUCCAAGAAACUAAAGAACACAGAACUCUACAUCUACCAUAUUUUUUCACCUUGUUUGCAUAUUUGUUGCAUCCAAGAAAGCCAAAAAAAUGACAAGAAAGAAAGUGAAAUUAGCCUUCAUCACUAAUGACUCAGCAAGAAAAGCAACAUUCAAGAAAAGGAAGAAGGGUCUGAUGAAGAAGGUGAGUGAAUUGAGCACCCUUUGUGGUAUUGAUGCUUGUGCUAUUAUUUAUAGCCCUUAUGACACUUCACCAGAAGUAUGGCCAAACACCAUGGGAGCUCAACGAGUGCUCGCGGAGUUUAAAAGGAUGCCUGAGAUGGAACAGAGCAAAAAAAUGGUGAAUCAAGAGAGUUUCAUAAGGCAGAGGAUUGCUAAAGCGAGUGAGCAAUUGAAGAAACAGAGCAAGGAAAACAGAGAGAAAGAAAUGACUGAAGUUAUGUAUCAGGGGUUGACUGGAAAAGGGCUUCAGAAUUUGAAUUUGGGAGAUUUGAAUGAUCUUGGAUGGGUAAUUGAUCAGAAUUUGAAGGAGGUUUAUAAGAGGAUUGAGGCAGUUAAAAAGGGGGCUUCGACUUCCUCUUCUUCUACUGUUGCGGCUGCUGUUGCUCCACCGAUGGAGCAAAAGCCUGCUGUGGUGGAAUUGGGAUUGGAUCCGAUGCAGAGGACACAAACAGAGUGGUUUACUGAUUGGAUGAACAGCAACACAAGUGAUCAGCAUAUUGGUUAUGGACAUGCAGAUGAGAUGAUUUUGCCCAAUUUUAAUGAUAAUCAUAAUGCUAAUGUCUGGCCUAAUAAUUUCUAUCCUUAGAUUUAUUUCCUGCUUCCUAUUUCUUUUCUGGAUUUUUACUUAUGUCAUUUUUAUUUUGUUGUUUUCUGAAUCUGCCACGAUGGAUAUGAAUUACUACAUGUUUUUUUCUUAAUUUAUGGUGGGUAAAUUUCUUUUUUUCUGGUGCUUCAGAUAGAUUGUAU